AUGUUGAAGUCCGCUGUUCGUUCGUUUUCGGUCUCUGCCACCCGCAAUGCUUUCGCUAGAAUGCAAUUGUUAGGAACUGUCGGUAGUGUUAACUUCAGAGAAACCAAAAAUGGUACAAAGUUCAUCAACUACUCAUUGGCCGUCAACCAAUACGACCCUUCAAGCGAAGAUAACAAGACUACCGAUUGGUUCAACGUUAGCGUUUUUGAUGAAAAACAAAUCUCUGCUUUUGAAAAGUUCUUAAGACCUGGUGCUCAAUUGUUUGUUGAAGCUGAUGUAAGACAACGUGUUCUUGUGGAUGAAGAAGGUGAAAACAAACACACAUUGACUUCUUUGAAACAAGUCAGAUUCGACGUUGUUAGAUUCCCAAAGAAACUCGAAGAAUCUGAAGAUACUGAAGGUCAUUAA